AGCUGAAGAGACUGCAAUGACUUUAGUGGAAAAGUAAACGUGGCGUGUGUGUGUGUGUGUUUCCUCCCUCCCCAGGACUGGAAGGGGGAAGAAGAGAUUCAGCCGCUGGCCGGCAGGCAUCUGGGCAUGACUCAGAGCCCCGGUCUGACUGGCCGAGGGGUGGGGCGUCUGGGUCGGGAUGGAAUUCAGGUGCCUCGCUCCAGCUCCACGGUGGCAGCUGACGCCGGGGAGCCCGCAGCGGCUCUGUUCGUCCAGCGCGGCAGGAUGGGCUCGAACCUGCACCCUCGCAGGCAGCGGGGCGUCGGAGGGCCGCAUGAACUGUAUUUCAAGAAUCUUUCAAAACAAAAACAAAUCAUGGAGAAGAAUGGGAACAACCGAAAACUUCGGGUUUGCGUUGCUACUUGCAACCGAGCUGAUUAUUCAAAAUUAGCUCCUAUUAUGUUUGGCAUUAAGGCGGAACCACAAUUCUUUGAGCUUGAUGUAGUGGUGCUUGGCUCCCAUCUGAUUGAUGACUAUGGUAACACCUACCGUAUGAUUGAACAAGACGACUUUGACAUUCACACGAGAUUGCACACCAUAGUGAGAGGCGAGGAUGAGGCAGCCAUGGUGGAGUCGGUAGGCCUUGCAUUAGUAAAGCUACCAGAUGUUCUCAACCGUCUGAAACCUGACAUAGUGAUCGUUCAUGGGGACAGAUUUGAUGCUCUGGCACUGGCCACAUCUGCAGCUUUGAUGAAUAUUCGGAUUCUUCAUAUUGAAGGCGGGGAAGUCAGUGGGACCAUAGAUGACUCAAUCAGACAUGCCAUAACCAAACUGGCUCAUUUCCAUGUGUGUUGCACAAGAAGUGCAGAGCAGCAUUUGAUAUCCAUGUGCGAAGAUCAUGAUCGCAUCCUCUUGGCUGGCUGUCCCUCAUAUGACAAGCUUCUCUCCUCCAAAAAUAAAGACUAUAUGAGUAUUAUACGUAUGUGGAUAGGUGAAGAUGUAAAACCUAGAGAUUACAUAGUCGCUCUGCAGCACCCUGUGACCACAGAUAUUAAACAUUCCAUAAAGAUGUUUGAACUAACGUUGGAUGCACUCAUCUCCUUUAACAAAAGGACACUAGUUCUGUUCCCAAAUAUUGAUGCAGGAAGCAAAGAGAUGGUUCGGGUGAUGAGGAAGAAGGGCAUUGAGCAUCAUCCCAAUUUUCGAGCAGUAAAGCAUGUUCCAUUUGAGCAAUUCAUCCAGUUAGUGGCACAUGCUGGUUGUGUGAUUGGUAACAGCAGCUGUGGUGUUCGAGAGGUGGGAGCAUUUGGAACCCCUGUCAUCAAUCUGGGAACACGUCAAAUAGGAAGAGAAACAGGUGAAAAUGUUCUUCAUGUUCGUGAUGCUGACACACAGGACAAAAUACUACAAGCUUUGCAUCUCCAGUUUGGAAAACAGUAUCCUUGCUCAAAAAUAUACGGGGAUGGUAAUGCUGUUCCAAGAAUUCUGAAGUUCCUCAAAUCUAUCGACCUCAAAAAGCCACUGCAGAAGAAGUUCUGCUUCCCUCCUGUAAAGGAGAACAUCUCACAAGAUAUUGACCAUAUCCUAGAAACCCAGAGUGCCUUGGCUGUGGAUCUAGGCGGAACAAAUCUCCGCGUAGCGAUAGUCAGUAUGAAAGGUGAAAUAGUAAAGAAAUAUACCCAGCUCAAUCCUAAAACCUAUGAGGACAGAAUAGAAUUGAUUCUCAAGAUGUGUAUGGAGGCUGCAUCAGAAGCUGUAAAUCUGAACUGUAGAAUUUUGGGAGUGGGUAUUUCUACAGGUGGACGGGUGAAUCCCCGAGAAGGAAUUGUGCUUCAUUCCACAAAGCUUAUUCAGGAGUGGAGUUCUGUUGAUCUGAGAACCCCGAUAUCUGAUGCUCUGCACUUGCCAGUCUGGGUGGACAAUGAUGGCAACUGUGCUGCUCUGGCAGAGAGGAAAUUUGGGCAUGGAAAAGGAGUGGAAAAUUUUGUAACACUAAUCACUGGUACAGGAAUUGGAGGUGGAAUCAUUCAUCAACAUGAAUUGAUCCAUGGAAGUUCCUUUUGUGCUGCUGAACUUGGACACAUUGUGGUGUCUUUAGAAGGACCAGAGUGCCUGUGUGGGAGCCAUGGAUGUAUAGAAGCAUAUGCCUCUGGAAUAGCCUUACAGAGAGAAGCUAAAAAACUACAUGAUGAGGACCUGUUGUUAGUGGGCGGAAUGUCAGUGAAGACGGAAGAGACCAUUAGUGCUGUGCAUCUCAUUCAGGCAGCUAAACUUGGGAAUGCAAAGGCUGAGAGCAUUCUCAGAACAGCUGGCACAGCUCUAGGCCUUGGAGUGGUGAAUAUCCUGCACACCAUGAACCCCUCUCUGGUGAUCCUUUCGGGAGUUUUAGCAGGCCAUUACGUUAACAUCGUCAAAGACGUGAUCCGUCGGCAGGCUUUGUUCUCUGCUGAGACAGUGGAUGUGGUUGUCUCAAAUCUGGCGGACCCUGCUCUGCUUGGAGCUGCUAGUCUGGUGCUAGAUUACAGUACACGCCGAAUAUACUAGGUACCUGGGGAAAUUACCGAAAUGGACAGUCCAGCUGUAUAACUGUUCUGAGGGGGAAAAAUACUGUGCCCAAAGUAUUUCCUGCUGACCAUCAGUUUAUCUUCUGUAGUAAAGCAGACUAGUGUUUUAGGUAGUUAGUUACUACUUCAGUAUUUCCUUAUUGUAGUAAUACCUCUUUGUAUUUUUUUCUACAUUUUAGCCAAGUUCAGAUGAAGUAAUGUGCAUUUCCAUUUUUUUGUUCACCUCUGUAGCUUGGGAGCUCAGGUGUUGCUUAAGCAAUGCUAGAAAGACUUAUCCAUAAGCACAUUCCAGUGUUCUCCCGGGAUAUAUUUGGUGAGGUGUGCCAAGUUCUAGACAACACUUGGGGACCCUGGUCCUGUCUCGUAACUAUGUAAAACUAGAAAAGCCUGCAGACAAGUACUGGUUUGGUUUGACUCAGCUUUGAAUUUCCUCGCCCUCACGCACAAGGGGAUGUGCUGCAAUCCUAACCCAUAGGGCGUCAUCCCGCUGGGUGGAAAGAACACAGAGGUUGCCUCUCAGGAGGCAACUGUGGCAGCCAGAGCUCCUCUCGGAGAAGGAUUCUUUUUGUUGUUAUUUAUUUGUAUUGUUGGUGCCUAGGGGUCCCAGUCAGGGAUCGGGGCCCUGUUUGUGAAAAAGGAAAGACUGUCCCUGUCCACAUAAGCUUACAAGAUGCAACAUGUGGCCAGACAAACUGGGGAGUGUGGGAACAAGGUAGCAGAGUGUCAUCUGUGCCUCCUCAGCAAUUGGCAAUGACCAGCAGUGAGUUAUUUGAAUUUGACCUGUUCCACUAAUUUGGAUGUAGGUUAGGGAGGAUUUCAGUUUCUCCGAGUUGCUGGUCUGCCACAGCAUGAGUCUGUCCCAUGUUAACAUGCCAGGAUUAUUCACGCCUUCGUUGCCUGUCGGCUGGACUACUGCAGUGCAAGAGCCCUGAGCAUGAAGCCAUCAGCACUCAGGAAACUCCAGCUGGUACAGAAUACUGCAGCACAUCUCCUUGGAAACCCAGGCUACCACAAGCACAUCAGACCUGCCCUCUGCUCCCUAAACCAGCUUCCCGGUAUGGACUACUCAAUCAUGUUCAAGGUCGUGGCUCUUAUCUUCAAGGUGCUCUGUGGCUUGAGCCCAGGGUAUCUAAAAGACUGCCUAAAAUUCUGGUAUGAAGAUCAUGAUUGACAACUGCGCUCCUCUGGCACAAUGAAACUUUCUACCCUACAUGUCGAGCUUAUCUGAGCAGGAGAGACAGCCUUCUCAUGAGCCGGCCUGAGUCUGGAACAGACUCUCCAAGAAAUGAAACUAUCACAAACCUCCCCACCUUCCACUCCAAGCAUCAGAGGCAUUUCUUGGACCAUGUCUUCUCUAGCAUACACAUGCACCUCCCCCCCUUUCCAGUAUAUCUGUGUGUAUGCUAGGAUAAAACUUCCAGAACAAAACACACUUCUCCGCAUCGAGGGGGAUGAGCAAACCGCCAUGUGACAGAGGUUAGUCCCAUUGCUGCUGGAAGGUGCACAGGUACUAUGGAGCUGAGCGCCCAUAUAGAACAGGCUAGCUGACGAGACUGUAUCUCCUCAUCCAGGGUGGAGAGCUUUCAGCUCCCUGUAUGGUUCUGUCCUGUUAUGAGGAUAACAUGUAAUCUCCCCUCCAGCUUGCUCCUGAAUGAGCAAUCCUGUGUCCUCUCUGUUAUCUUCAGCCACCAAAACUGCCUGCAAAUGGACGGGAUCCCUCCUCCAUUCUAGUCUGCAAGGAUGCUGCUGCAGCUCUCAAUGGAAUGACGUUGCUCAAAGCCAGCACCAAGAACCAGCCCAUUUCCCAGCCCCAUAGGAAGUUUUUAAUCGUCUCAGACAAAGGCUUCUCUUGCCUCAGGAAAACUUCCCUUGUGGGAACCUCGCAGUGUGUCCUUCCUUGAUCCCUCCUGAAAUCUUCUGUUUCUCCAGACAUUGAAAAAGCCAGAAACACUCUAGCUAGGACUCAAGAAAUAUUCAAGGAAGUGACAGGGCCCCUUCCCUCCUACUCUACUAGCUCAGAACUUUAAACACACCAGAGAGCUCUGGGGCUCUGAGCAGCGUCUCUGUGCUUAAAUCUGAGAGCUGGAACUCUCAAGCAGCUAGGCCCUAGAUGGUUGGGGCCACGGUGCCCUCCAUGCAGGGCCCUCAGUUAUGGAAUUGGCUUUACCCAGCUCCCUGAGACUUUGCUGCCCUGCAGGGCCCUGAAAGGGUGGAGGGGCUAGUUUUCUUUUGUCACGCUAACAUGUUAAAUGGAGAGUGCUCUUUGGCAGACGGGGGUUAAAUAUUAUUUCAGGUGCCCUUGGAGAACCUGCCCCUCGUGCUCAGUAUAAACUGGACAAUAAAUGUAAGCCCAAGCCUCUGCAUCCCUAAGAGAGGUCUGAAAAACAUCUCCAGGGUGCUCACUUACACCAUACCAGGGCUGAGGACAGACCUCAGAAGAGGCAGUCCAACAUGAUGGCAUCAUGAAUGGAUGUGCACGCAUGGCCCAGACUUGCUCAAGGCCGUUUGGGAGUUCAUCCUGCAGGGAAUAGGGCCAGUGGGGCUUCCCUGCCAGUGGAAGUCAGAAAGGCACUCUUGCGAAGGACAGUCAAACAGGGGAGAAGGGCAGCCAGACUUACUGGGGUGCCAGCUGUGCAAUCAGCCUUCCCGGAAAUCUAUAAAUAAGGUGUGUGUCGUGGAGUAGCAGAUUUGAACCACCAGCACUUUGCUGCAGCAGAGGACACUGCCCCCGUGCAUGGGCAGAGGGCACAGUCAAGCCCCUAGGAGCCAGGCAUGUGAAGUGGGCGCUGAACACCAGAGCAAAGAGAACAGUCCGUGCCCAGUUAAACAUUCCAGUUAGCAAUGCAAGAAUACAGCACUGAGACCUUAGACUCCAACCCACGUUCCCCAAUGCUCAGGUACUUUGCAGAGGUGCUGCAUUCUCUUCUCUCUCAGACCGCCAGUAUCUAUCCCAGAAUGACACUGACUGCACCAGGGAUGGUCACUGUUCUCUGUCAAGGAAACAAUCAAGAUUCUACUUGCAGGGCCCAGUGUGCCCUCCAAACCUGAUGGGGUUUGUCGUCCCCCCCUUUUUUUUUUUAAGAGAAAGAGGACACUUAGCAGAGGAUGGGGGAUGUGCUGAACAAUUCCCUAGGAGCAUCCCUUUGACGCACAGCGGUGGUCUGAACAGGGUAGGAAUGGCUGCAUGUGAGAUCCUGCCUGCUCUUCAGCAAAGUCCCCUCUCGGCUGCAGCUUUAUGGGCAUUCAGAGCUAUGUGGUCCAAGGUACACACCUGUACUAAACAAGCGAGAGGGCUUGGCUUCCCUUGCGGCAGGGGUAGCCCAGGCUGUUGCAGAUCAGAACCUCAAUGAAGAACUUGUUCAGAGUAAGGUCCCUCCGAACGGGUGGUUUCACUGCUGCUCGUUUCCGUUACUCAGGCUUGCUGCACAUCUAGCUGGGUAAGGCAGGGAGUAGAGCACACCAGAACUAAUGCCAAGGAAGAGGCCACGGAGUUGAGUGAUUGCAUGGGACCAAAAAAGAGAAAAUGGGAAUGGGGGAGAGGGAGGGUGGAUGAUAGGUUUGGGACACUGAGCAGAGAGCCUUGCAGAGGCACACCACUCUGCAAAGGAGUCCAAAGUGCCAGGGGACACUGGGCUGAGGUAUGGGAUAGACUGGCUUCACAGAGACCAUCCCCAGUGAGCUCCCUCUUCCUAGGGUGGGGGAUGGCCAGCUGGGCCAGUGGCAGGAAGGUGACAAGGAGGCCUUGUGCCUGUAACAUGGUGUGCACCGGUAAGGAGAGGUGGGGAGAAGUGCAGCCAAAACCUCAGCAGGAGGAGCAGUGUUUGGCCUCAGUGAGCCACACCAGUGCCAUGUCUGGCCUCAUGGCUCCAAGAAGGAGCUGCUGAUUUAUGACCCGGGCAGGUGGAAAGACAGCACUUAAUGGAAGAUUGGCCCUGCACUAGCCAUACAGGUUAACCUGGAGCACAGUCCACCCUAUCAUCCUUAAACCAGCCCUGCAAACAUGGUCCAAGGCACAAAGUGGCCUUACCUACCCUCUGCUCAAUGCUUAGGAAUGGGGAAGUGGCCAGGACCGUACCCUCUUGUCCAGCUGGUGACUCUCAGGGGUGUGGAAGGUAGGCAUUGCAAGGCUGCGUUAAGCAUUCAGUGGGGCCCUUUGUGUAAGUUCUGGGUCCAAUUGUAAUAUACUAGGCUGCAGUGUUGGUAUCCCCAUGAAUGAAGGAGAGAGACCAGUGGUGCUCCAUAGUGCCACCUGCUGCUGGGCCAGGGGUAGAUGUUUUUCAUAAAUGGGUGGGGGAAAUAAGGUCUGAGGGAAAGUUUGAUCAGACCUGGGAUUUUAUGACCGCCCCUGCCCCUGCAACUUUCUUCUCUUUUGGUGAACUUAUGGGAGGGGUCCUGUGGUGCCGCACUAGGGGAUACACACAGGGCCUGCUAGUAAAGGUCCAACAUCUCAAAAGUGCCUAAAUCCCAUUGAUUUCAAUACGAGUGAGGGGGCCUAGGUGCUUUAGAAAAUUUCACCUGCUGUCUAUCUGGCUCUUCAAGCACCUAAAUGCCUUUAAAAAUCUGGCCCCAAGUGACUUGGGUACUUUCAAAAAUGGGACUUAGAAACGUACUCUGUGUUAAUUGGGUCCCUAGCACCUGCACUGGGCCGGAGCUAUGAUGUCAGUGCAGCUGCUACAACCAUUCUCCCAGGAUUUUCCCUUUAGAAAUCAGUGAUGGUGCACAAAAGAGUCUUUUCAAUUAAGUAACUGGGUGGGGCUUUGCAAGGGGCUUAAAGCCCUUUCCAAUGAAUUGCCAAUCUAGUGUGUCUGAAUUACAGCAAAGUAGAGGGCAUUGUUGCACUUGAAUAAAAAACACAAAAAAAGGUGUAAAGUUCACAAUGCUGGGAAAGUAACAUGGGGACAUUUGAUCUUUGUUCUAUUGUGACAUGAGAGCUGCAUGUCCUGUCUGUUGUGUGGGAUGCUGCGGAGUCAUCUGUGCAUUGUUUGUGAGAGGGGCAGACUAUCUGCAUGUAUUGAUUGCAUAUCUUCAGGGAACACAUGCAACUGCUUGAAAAAAAUCCUUGGUCAACAAUGUUCUGUAGUACUAUUGAUGCUACACUGAACUUAUAGGAGGAAUGUUCCUUUUUUAGGCAAGAACCAGCGUUAUGUAGUAAAAAUGUUAGAAGCUUCAGUGAAAACACUGAAGACAAACAAGGUCCUUGUCUAUUUAGAGCUGUUUUAGACAGGUAAGCCAUCUGUAACUUAAUUGGUAAUGAGAAUCUAAUGGUAGGAGCAUGUACUUGUCCUUGCAGAUUUUGGUACUUUUACUACACUGUUUCUAUAUAGAAAGUCAGUUGAAAAUGGUUUAGGAGCAUUGCUCACUCAUACUGAGCAAGAUGAGUGGAUUUACUCUCAUUCAUACCAGUUAUCUUCCUACUAUUUACUCUACGGUUUCUGGGUAUUUGUUAAACUUUCAGUUAUCUGGAUAGUUCACUCAUUUUAAUUGUAAUGUUGCAUGAACUGUACUUUGUAACAGACAGACUGAUGGGAUAUCCAACAUGAAGUUUUAAACACA